AUGGCCAACCUUCAAGCUGUUUACACCGCUCCUGACGCCACAAAGUCCUUCCAGCAUGGAAUCCCUGCAUCCUCAGACCCUGCUGCUAAGCACAUCCAUUUGACGGCCCUCCAAUCCCUGGUACCAAAGCUCCAGGACGAGAUAAACGUCUAUUUGACCGCACGAAUGGAAGAAGAUAAAAAGGCCCAAGGGCAGACAUCGGAAAAGGAAUCCAAAGAGGAGGAAAAUUACGGCGAAGAAGUCAUCGACGACGAUGCGUGA